CGAGACAGUCCAGCGAGGGACAGUGCAAAGGAAGGCAUCGGUUCAAGAGGGUAACUGCUACUCCUUGCUUAGCCCACAAGGAAGGGUGCAGCCUUGGGCUAGCCUGUCCCCUCUGUGGAACUCGACUUUCCCAUCAGGAAGACAAAUGGUGGAUCUCUCAGCUCAAAUGCAGUGUUCCUGCAGCAGUAAGGACUCAGGAACGGUGAUCAGAUGAGGGAGCAGCCAAAAGUCAGUCCGUCUGGGUGCAGGUCCUGCCUCUGUCACUUACUGGCUGCAAGCAGGCAAACCAUUCAAAAUUCUAAGCAUCAGUGUCCUUGCCUCACCCGUCAGAUGGAGAUCGCCGUAUAGAAUGACAGGAACAGUAAUGUACAGCAAUGUGACUGAAGCCUAGGGUGGUUAGGCGAAUGAGAUAGGACACAGAGAGUUCUGGAACCGUGGCUGGCACUCAGUACGCAUGAGCUGUAUUCUUACUGAAUCACAUCCAGAACACAGGGAACUGCCAAAAAUGCUUACGUUCCCACCUUGACACAUAGAAAAGUCAAGCGGAAAAGAAGGACCUUUAACUACCGGAUGUGGCGGAUGAGAAAGCAAGGAUGUUGCUGUCCCUGGCAGGUGUGCAGAGGAGGCCACGCGGCAUGGCAGGUGGCCCUGGAGGCCAGCGCACCUCCUGCUCCCACCGGAGGGCCUUGGAAGAUUCCUUAACCUCCUGGGGCCACAGUCUCCUCACCUGUCCAGCUACCGAGGCCAGAGCAUAGCCCAGAGGAAGAGAGAAGGGAGCACCCUUGGCAUUUGAAGGGAUCCAGAAGUAACCUCCUUACAUCCCUGCACACCACGUGCCUCACCUGGUGAAGCAGAGAAAACUGCCUCAACUUCCCGAAAAAUGUAAUUUGCUGCACUUCAUUGCAGUCUUACUGGCUUCGAUCAUGAAUCCCAAAGUCGUGGCUGUGCUUGGGAGGACGAAGCUGGCUGUUUGAAGGGCUGGGCAGGGACAAGGCUGAGGAGCUGCUACAGCUGCCAGACACGAAGAUCGGCUCCUUCAUGAUCAGAAAGAGUGAGACCAAGAAAGGUUUUUAUUCCCUCUCGGUGAGACACCGGCAGGUGAAGCAUUACCGCAUCUUCCGCCUGCCAAACAACUGGUAUUACAUUUCCCCGAGGCUCACCUUCCAGUGCCUGGAGGACCUGGUGAAUCACUAUUCCGAGGUGGCUGACGGCCUCUGCUGUGUGCUGACCACACCCUGCCUCACUCAGAGCACAACGACUGCCCCGGCCAUGAGGGCCGCUGACUCCCCCGUCACCUUGCGCCAGAAGACCUUCGACUGGAGGAGGGCAGCCAGACUGCAGGAGGACCCUGAGGGCGCAGGGAACCCACUGGGGGUGGAUGAGUCCCUUUUCAGCUACGGCCUUCGGGAAAGCAUCGCCUCCUACCUGUCCCUGACCGGUGAUGACAGCACCCCCUUUGAUCGAAAGAAGAAAAGCGUCUCCCUGAUGUACAGCGGAAGCAAAAGGAAGAGCUCUUUUUUCUCGUCACCUCCGUACUUUGAAGACUAGCUCGAGAACAGAUAACCUGGUGUUUGCCCAAAAGAGCAGAGGUUCAGACUGUCCCCUGGGAUCGUGCAGAGAGGCACGGUUCCUUGGUCCCUGGGGAACCUCACGUCUUCCAGGAGCCAAGAGAAGCCACACGGAGAUGAACUCACGUCUUCUCUGUCCACAUCACGACAAAGGGCACCCCUCCCUGAUGUCUGAUGAGGCACAUCACAAAAUGUUGACUCUGGGAUCACGGGGCAAGGCUUGGGAAUGGCCCUGCGUGCACGUGUGUGCGUGUGUGUUUGUGGGAAAGACGAAGAUGCUGGCUCACAAAGGUGCGCAAGGACCCCUCGCCAGCACGCCGCCCAGAGGGCACACCCUGAGGGCACUGAGAGAGCUUCCCAAAGAGAAAAGCCUGAGAAGAGUGUGAGCCAACUGCUGCGGCCUAGCUGGAGGUCUGGGCUUGCAGACUGAUGCCCUGCAUUCAGCGUUGUAACCAGUCCGUCACGAGACCGCCCGGAUGCCGCUUCUCUUUUCAAGGGAACUCAGUGACACUAAAUGCUAACCUUCCUUACGAGCCCCAUGUCAGGGGUUCCCUUUGGGCUUCUCAUUCCAAAGCCACCUGUGCAGAAGUCAGACAGCCUCCCUACUUCUGCCAAGGCCAGGGCCCACGGGGGACGGGGUGCCUGGAGGGGGGAAGGCACGAGGGUGGGCCUGGAACUUUGCCUCACUGCACAGAAAGAGCUUCUCUGGUGAGCUGAGAUUUCUUGCCUAUAUUAAUGCAUCAAUUCAUGAUUGCCACAAAAGGUAUUGUUUUAAGUCCCAGGUAAGGUGUCAGGUCAAAAAAAAUAUAUAUAUAUAUCUAUAUAUAGAUAUAUAUAUAUAUAUAUUUACAGGCCCCAGCAGUGUAGACAGGGAGAAAAGUGUAUAAACAAAUAUUGUGAUGGGCGGUGUAAAGGAGAAAUCAGCUCACAGCUUUGGAUGGGACUGGAGUCGGGUAAGGUGACCCAGAAGCUCCUAAUUCAGCAGGAUCUUCAGCGAGUGGAAGGGCUGGCUGGAUUGAGCAAGGGAGAAUGGUUGGAUUGUUUUUUGUUUUUGUUUUUAAAAAGGAAAUUGAUAAGUUCUAGAGCAAUAAUUCAUCCAGGAUUUUAUUCUAAGAAGAGUCUGGCAUCCACAUGCAUAAAAAUGCUAAGCUCCAGAAAAGCUGGGAAUCAGAGUGGUUGAAUUCUGCCAAACAUAAUUUUCAGAGAUGAGAGAGAAAACAUAGUGAAAUUCUAGAGAAGGAGAAGCAUUUAUCUCCGGACGCUAUUAAGAAGGGGCUGCAGGCAUCCAUGACCCUUUCCCUGAUGCAAAGAGACUCAGAGGAAGAGGGAGCUGCUGACAGAAGUCUGUCUGUUCAGCACAUGCAUUCCGUCCGUCUGAGAUCACUGCCCUGGUGGUUUGUGUAUGUGCAGUUACAUGAUUUUCUGUAUCAUCAGAUUCCAGUGUGUUUAUACAGGAAGACGUUUGUGGUUUUCUCAAUAAUCCCCAAAGGCUCUUUCAAAAACAGCCAGCCAAUAUAUGGGAAACGAACAUAACACCGUGGACGCCGACUUCCACCAUAAGGCGGGGGACCUCGCCGCCUCCAGAUGUCUGUGCAGUGUCUUAUGUGUUGUUCUCCGUUGUGGCUGAUGUGGUGGGAAUGUUAUGCAGUUACUUAGAGGGAUUUCUAAGUGGGAAGCAUUACACUUUGCUAAAUCAUGUAUUUAUUCCUGAUUAAAAUAAACCUAAUAAAUAUUUAAUUCUUGGAA